AUGGCCAGAAACAACCACGAUUUUUCCCGUGAAAAUAGAUACUUCGAAUUAGGCCUUUGUGGAAGGGCUGAAUCCAAUAACCGAUCCCUGUUGCGCAGGUUGAUGCUCAUUCUGCAGGCGUGUUUGGUGGUCGCAGCAAUGGCGGAGACCUGGCAACAGAAGUACGAUAGCUGGGCUUCGAAUCUGAAACCCGGAUGGACAAUUCAGACAACAAUCCAGGAUGGACGCAAAUGCUACUGUAAAAUGCCGAAUGAAACAGUGCCUUUUCAAUCGUCGUUUGGAGGCUUCAUUUCGAGUGGCAAUUUAGCUUCCGUCGAAAGUGUGAAGUCAUCCUUUGAACAUGUCUUCUUGACACCUCCCUGAAAGGCCUCGGGGGCAGCGUAUUUAGUAGAUCUGGCUGCCAGCUGACCAGAAGGACCUUGUGUUAUUACCUGCUAUAAAGUUUUAAUAACUAUACUGCAUCUUCCGCUGCAUCGACAUCCAAAAUUUUCCCACCCCAAAAAAAGAAAUCAAUACAAGUAAAAUUAUUUUCUAUCUGUCUCUAGGGAAUUAAUAGAUACACAAAAUCUCUUUCGGCCAACAAAAAUAUAUUAUUCUGAUAAAUCGUGACCUCACUAAUCAAAGAAAAUUACGGAGAUAAUCAAAAUUGGCAACGAAAUUUGACACGAUAUGAGGACACCCUUGUCAUUUUAAUAAAGGAUUUAAUGAGU